GAGAGAGAUCCAUCGGUCGCCAUUACCGACUGGAAUGAGAGGGGAGGGAGUCAGGCUCGGAUUACGCGCAUACCAAAAAUUCUGUAUUAAUAAAUCCAGAGCAGUCGUGUAUGAACUCCAGCGCGGAUUAAUCCUUCCACCUGAACAUCUGGACUAUCCUGAAUCUCACUGGAAGAGGGAAUUACUGGGAAUAAAGGGAAAUCUUCGGGAAUGCCACCUCCUUCCUCUCCGCGGUGUCGGGAGAUGGGAGCGACCAUGUUAGGUAGGUGAUGCCCGAGGAGAAGCACAGCUGCUCCAUAACCAACGAUCCAGAGGAAAGGAAUAUCCACAUCUGUUCAGAGCGAGAAAUGAAAAUGCAUCACCAGUAGCCAAUGGAACUUUAUCCUUGCCUUGCUGGCAGACUUUGCUGAGAGUAACAAGGCAAUGAGAGGGGCUGUAUAAUGGCCAAGAACAAAGAGCCCCGUCCACCGACGUACACUAUCAGUGUAGUUGGGCUCUCAGGCACUGAGAAAGAAAAAGGCAACUGUGGUGUGGGCAAGUCCUGCCUAUGCAACAGAUACGUGCGUCCCAGCGCGGACAGCUACUACUCAGAGCACACUUCUGUGUUGAGCACAAUCGACUUUGGAGGUCGUGUGGUGAACAAUGAUCACUUCCUGUACUGGGGGGAAGUGUUACACAGAGGAGACGAUGGCCUUGACUGUCGAAUUCAAGUCAUCGAACAGACUGAAUUUAUUGACGACCAGACCUUUUUGCCUCAUCGGAGCACAAAUUUGCAACCCUACUCUAAGCGGGCUGCGACUACAAAGCUGCAGUCUGCUGAAAAACUGAUGUAUAUUUGCACAGAUCAGCUUGGCUUGGAGCAGGAUUUUGAUCAGAAGCAGAUGCCUGAUGGAAAGCUUAAUAUCGACGGUUUUGUCUUGUGCAUAGAUGUAAGCAAAGGAUGCAACAGAAAAUUUGAUGACCAGAUGAAAUUUGUCAAUAGCCUGUACUCACAAAUUGCCAAGUCAAAAAAACCCAUUAUCAUUGCUGCAACGAAAUGUGAUUCGUGUGUAGAGCAAUACUUACGGGAUGUCCAGACUUUUGCUGCAAGCAAAAAGAAUCUUCUGGUGGUUGAGACAUCGGCUCUGUCAUCUGUCAACGUGGACCUCUGUUUUAAUGCGCUAACCCAGCAAAUGGACAAAACACGAGGUAAACCCAAAAUUAUCCCAUACUUGGAGGCUUACAAAGCUCAGAGACAAUUAGUAGCCACAGUCACGGUCAAGUUUGAAAAGCUUAUUGUUCAGUCUGUCCGAGAUUAUCACACGAGCUGGAAAGUUGUGAGCAACUCAUUGAAAAACCAUCCAGACUACGAGGAAUACAUUAAUUUGGAAGGUACUCGGAAAGCUAGAAACACCUUUUCGAAGCAUAUUGAACAGCUGAGACAAGAGCAUAUCAAGAAGAGAAGAGACGAUUAUCUCUCCAGUUUGCCAAAAGUUCUUAACAAAAUGCUUAACAACUUGGAAGAGAUUGAGAACCUGAGCUGGACAGAUGCUCAGAACCUGUUAAAAAGCAAGAAUGAAUUUCAGUACUACUUUGUUGUGCUGGAGCAAACCCCAUGGGAUGAGACAGACCAUGUUAACAAAACAGAUGACAGAAGAGUCCCCUUUGACAUCCUUAAAACGGCAGAAGGUGAGAGGAUUUUCCAAAACCAUGUCCAGCAUUUGAUAUCUGAAAAGAGGCGACUCGAAAUGAAGGAAAAAUUCAAGAAGACACUGGAGCGAGUGCAUUUCAUAAGUCCUGGCCAACCGUGGGAAGAGAUUAUAUGUUUCGUCAUGGAGGACGAGGCAUACAAGUAUAUCACAGAAGCUGAUCGCAGAGACGUGUAUGCGCUGCAUCAGCAGGAAAUAGUUGAAGGGGCCAAAGAGGAGUUUCAGGAAAUGCUAUUUGAGCAUGCCGAGCUGUUUUAUGACUUGGAUUUGAAUGCCACCCCAAGUUGUGAUAAGAUGAGCGAAAUCCACACUGUACUCAACGAGGAGCCCAGAUACAGAGCUCUACAGAAACUUGCCCCAGAUAGGGAGUCCCUUUUACUGAAACACAUCGGAUUUGUUUAUCAUCCCACCAAAGAGACGUGUCUGAGUGGUGUGAGCUGUGUGGAUCUGAAAGUUGAGCAGGUGCUUGCAAAUAGGCUGGUUCAGUUGGACCACGGUCGCACUAAUCUGUACUACAACAGUUCCAAUCUUGAUAAAGUGAACUUGUGUCUUCUUGGCCGUGAAGGACUAGCUCAAGAACUUGCUAAUGAAAUAAAAGCUCAGUCCACAGAUGAUGAAUAUACCCUUGAUGGUAAGAUCUAUGAAUUGGAACUUUUAUCUGUUGAUGUAAAUUCUCCCAUGCUUUUGAACCAUUCCUGGCUAUCAAAUUUCAAACCUCAUGGGUUCUUCUGUGUCUUCAGUUCAAUAGAGUCACUUAAUUACAUUGGCGAUCGCAUAAGCCGAAUCCGAGCUGAGAUUUCUCAGGGCAGAAGAGACAGAUUUGCCCAUCCAUCGCCAUUUAUUCUAAUCUUAGCAGGUCAGCGAGACAGUGUUUGCAAAAACAUGCCUAUUUUAAGGCAUCAGGGCCAACAGCUUGCUAAUAAGCUACAGUGCACAUUCAUAGACAUGCCCUCUGGGACCUUUCCCCGAAAGUUUAACGAGUCUCAAAUAAAACAAGCGCUCAGAGCAGUCCUAGAAGGCCUAAAGCACAAUUUUGACUUGAUGAGUCCCGUGCCCUCCAUCAAAGAUUUGUCUGAAACAGAUUUGCGAAUAGUUAUGUGUGCCAUGUGCGGAGAUCCAUUCAGCGUGGAUCUUAUUCUCUCACCUUUUCUGGAUUCACAUUCCUGUAGUGCUGGUCAGCCUGGUCAGAGCAACACCCUGUACCUCGACAAAAUCAUUGGUGACAGUCGUAGGCGCAUACAAGUCACUGUCCUCUCUUACCACUCCUCAAUUGGAAUCAGAAAGGAUGAAUUGGUGCAUGGAUAUAUACUUGUCUACUCAGCAAAACGAAAGGCUUCCAUGGCUAUGUUGCGGGCAUUCUUGGCAGAGGUCCAAGAUGUCAUUCCGGUCCAAAUGGUGGCUAUAACGGACAGCCAGGCUGAUUUCUUUGAGAAUGAGGCAAUCAAGGAGCUGAUGACUGAAGGGGAACACAUUGCUACAGAAAUCACAGCCAAAUUUACAGCACUCUACUCGUUGUCUCAGUACCACAGGCAAACGGAAGUGUUCACACCAUUUUUCAAUGAAGUACUUGAGAAAAAGAACAGUAUAGAGAGCUCCUUCAUGUUUGAUAGCACACGGGACCAUGGCACCUCUGAAGAUGUCUUCCCUCAGUCACCACACAACCAUUCACCAGCGUACUCUUAUUACCCUGACUCUGAAGAUGAUGCUGAGGGACCGCCACCUUAUAGCCCUAUAGGGGAUGAUGUACAGCUGCUGCCCACCCCUAGUGAAAGAAAGUAUAAAAUUGACUUGGAAGGGAACGAGUACCCUGUCCAUAGCACACCCGUAGGUGAUCAUGAACGCAACCACAAAGUGCCUCCCCCAGUGAGACCUAAACCUGUGCUAAACAAGCCUAAUGUUAAGAAGCUGGACCCCAACCUUUUGAAGACCAUUGAAGCUGGAAUGAAGGCCAGCAGGAGAACACGAGGUCCAGUUAUGGUCCAUGAUGACCUUGAGGUGGCUGACAAUUAUGCAGAUCCAGCAGACACUCUCCCCAAAUCAAAAGGUUUCAACGAUGACAUUUACGCUGUUCCAGAGGACACCCAUAGCAGGAUAGUCAAGAUGCGCAACUCAUUUGGUGGCCAUCAUGGUUUUUAUGGUGAUGAGGAGAAUGGUUUUGACCGUACAUUGAAGUCACAGGGUAGCAGGCGACCAUCUAAAUACAAACAUCGAUCAAAGAUCCUUUUCAGCAAGACAAAAGCGUAUCAUAGACGAGUGCACUCUGAUGUCAGUGAUGAUGAAUCAGGGCCGGCAGUGCAGAAGAAGAAAAAAGGCAGGGGUAACCGUGGAAGUGAAGAGGACCCUUUACUUUCACCUGUGGAUCCAUGGAAAGGAGGGAUAGACAAUCCAGCCAUCACUUCAGACCCAGAGCAGGAUGACAAGAAGUUGAAGAAAAAGAAAGCAGCAAAAAACAAGGAACCGAAAAAGGUUAAAGCAAAAGUUCCAAAGCCACUGUAUCCGCCAACUCGAAGAAAUUGGGAAAGCAACUAUUUUGGUGUUCCUCUACAGAACUUGGUCACCCCAGACAGGCCUAUUCCUCUGUUUAUUGAGAAGUGUGUGGACUACAUUGAACGUACAGGGCUCACCACAGAAGGUCUGUAUCGUGUGAGUGGCAACAAGACUGAUCAAGACAACAUUCAGAAACAGUUUGACCAAGACCACAGUGUAGAUUUUAUGGCCAUGGAUGUUGCUGUGAAUGCUGUAGCCGGGGCACUGAAAGCUUUCUUCGCUGAUCUACCAGACCCCCUCAUCCCCUACAGUCUCCAUCCAGAGCUCGUAGAAGCAGCUAAAAUAAUGGACCAUACUGAAAGACUGCAAGUGCUGAAGGACAUCGUGAGGAAAUUUCCAUCUGUGAAUUAUGACGUUUUCAAAUAUGUGAUCAGUCACCUCAACAGAGUGAGCCAGCAGAGUAAGACGACGCUGAUGACGGCAGACAAUCUGUCCAUCUGCUUCUGGCCGACGCUCAUGAGGCCUGACUUUGAGAACAAGGACACGCUGUCUACCACCACACUCAACCGAUCGGUCAUCGAGAGCUUCAUCCAGCAGUGCCACUACUUCUUCUACGGUGGCGAAAUUAUCGAGCCUUCUGGCGCCGCAGGCACGUCGCCUCCACAGGCCGGGCACGUGGGACACGCCGGGCAUGGGAUGGUGGAGUCACUGCUGGCUCUACAGCUCCCACCACCACUGCAGCCACAGCAGAUUCAACACCCGCUGCCCUCCGAACCCCUCAUUUAACUGACCUUUUCAAAAUGGGAAAGGGGGAAGAAAAAGAAAAGAAAAUUCAUUUUUGUAUCAAGAUGAUGAAUUCCCAUCACAGGUCACAGAUAUGCAUUUUCUUAAAAAAAAAAAAAAAAAAAAAUGAAUUUACAUUUCUGUGACUGAAAAAAAAGAAAAGAAACAAAUGACUGAUAAUUUGUUCAUGAAAUGUGGUGAACCGGUCUGGCCAGACAAGCAUGAUUGCAAAUAUAAGGAAGAUAUAUUUAUACUACAAUUUUUUUUUUUUUUUUGGUAAAGAAAAUCGAACCAUUCUGUGUACACUACAUGCACAAUCUAUUUUAAUGGCUUUAUCUUGUGUCAUUUUUGUCUGCUUGUUUUUUUUUUUUUUUCUUUUCUCUAAAAAAAGACUUCUUUUGUAGAAAUCUGUUUCUAAAAGAUAAUGAAAACUAAUGUGGUGAUGGAGUCCUGAGCCCAUUGGACUGUUGGGAUGAGAAUUACAACACAUAUAAACCACACACACACACACACACACACACACACACACACACUCGUAACAGGUGCACAGCAGCCUGGGAUGGACACCAGCAGUAAAAAUCACGCUCCUCACGUUCUGAUAGCCACCGAAGGGAAAAACUCCACUGGAACUCUUUGGCACAUCUGAGAAAAGCGGGCGUUAGACUGUGGCCUGGCUCUUCGCUCCUCCUUCAGUCCUUUUUAGACCUUUUUAUUGGUUUCUGUGUUUUUUCUUUCUGUCUCAAAAUCUUGUUUUUGCACACCAACAUGCAUUGAUGUUCUUUAACUAAAUUUGCAUGUCAUUUGCCACUUGUAAUAACUGAAAGAUAGAAAAAAAAUGACGUACAACCUUAACCGUUUUUAUGCAAGACUUUUUUUUUUUUUUUUUUAAAUCAAUCUUAUUUGAGGGAACAUGGGGUAAAACAAGGGUAAAAUUAUAUCUGCUCAUUUAAUCAUGCCAUAGGUUAAUUUUUAAUACCAUAUUUCAUUUUUAAUUGUUUCUCUACAUAGAGAAAAUAUAUAUAUAUAUAUAUAUAUAUAUAUGAAUAUAAAUAUAGAAAAAUAUAUAUAUAUAAAUAGAUUAUAUAUAUAUAUGUCAGCACAAUUUGCUGAUAAAUCACGGGGUACUGGAGCUCUGUAUAAUCUUGUAAAACUUAUAAUCAGAUUUCUUUGUGGUUUGCUGUACUAAAAUUUGGACUUAGAUGAAUUGACUGUACUUAAUAUUCCCGAGCUAAAAAAGAUAAGAUAAUGUUUUUUGUUUUUUUUUUCUUUUCUGUAGAUGGUACUGAAUUUUGUUCCGCUGUAACAAGAUGCUGCUUAGAAAGUUUAGUCUUCGUGUGGAAACUAGCUUGAUACAGCCAUGGGUAGACUUGAGAGAUUGAUAUAAGAAAGCUUGUAUAUGAAAGGGUGGUCAGAGAAAUAGUCAAAUAGUUUCUCUCAGAAACUUUGUAAGAAGACAAAAAUUUAUAUCUCAGUCAAUUCAACAUUACAGGAAAAGGGCUCAAUAGGUUUGGGGGAAGCGCACUGCUGCUAGGAUCCCAUUUGUGUAGUUAGAAGAAGCAACAUUUGUUCAUAUGACCUGCCUCAUACAAACCUGUUGUACAAACUGAAAAAAAAUUAACAUCAUUGCUAUGUAUUAUAGUAAAUAAAUGAUUUUGACAAAUCAA